CUACUGUCAGUUUUAUGGCACAUCUGUUUCUGCACGAUUUUCUUAAUCCAUAAUUUAAGAUGGCGGGCGGGAACAAAUUAAUGCAUAUUUGUAAAAUUGAAUUAUAAAUGAAAAGUAUGAUAUACAAGCGUUGUAAUAGCAUGAACAGCGUGUAAUUUUACUAACUUGACUCUCGAAUAGUUUAUAUGUGUAAGUUUAUACCUUGAUAUGUAUUUUCUAUUUUAUAAUUGUCGUUUCAUAGACAUCCAUCUGACGCAGGCGUCAAAAUCGCUCUGAUUUGCCAUUUUGGGCACUGCAUAGUCUGCACUGCAGUUCAGUGUGGUAAGCUUUUUGUUCGGAACGUUCUAUCUAGUACGUAGUACAUAUAUAUCGAUGCACAAUGACGAUUUGGCAGUUUGACAUAAGAAAAUUAGGUAACAAGAAGACAGCGGCGUUUUAAAAUAAGAUAAAUUAAUCCUGUUUAUUUAUUAAUCAACAAUGGUCAUGAAAUGAAUACCCUAUUGACAAGAAAUGCCUUUGGGCAAAAACAAUACACCGUGUUCAAACGGAUAAAGAGGACUCUUACAAUUCUACAUAAACCUAAACCGGUUGAGUUGGUGCACAGGAUCCAUGGUCCCAGCCCUACACCAGACCGUGUGCCUAUCAUCGUGCUCCAUGAGUUCAUGGGCUGCAAGCAAAAUUGGCAGAGCAUGUGCAAAAAGAUAACAGCGCAAACGAAUAGAACUGUGAUAGCAGUGGACGCUCGUAACCAUGGCGACAGCCCUCACACUGACUCCCACGAAUACUUUGACCUAGCAGCUGAUGUCACUAAAUUAUUAACAAAUAUUUCAGUUAAAAAAGGCAUUAUUAUCGGCCACGGUAUGGGAGGCAGAACAGGAAUGGUUUUAGCUUUAACAGAGCCAGAUAAAGUUGCGAGUCUGGUCGUAGUUGAUAUAUCGCCAGUGUCGACCACAAGCAGCCUAAAAAACUUCUUCCCGAAGGUCUUGGAUGUUAUGAUGAACGUGGACUUUAAAGCGAAUGAAUUAAUUAAGGCUCAAAUGGAAGCCAAAAAUGUAAUCAUGCAAAAUGAAUUGUUUCGCCAUCAAGAGGAUAUGUACUUCAUUUUAAUGAAUGUUGGAAAGUUACCCGAUAAUACUUAUGGGUGGAAGUGUAAUGUCCAGGCCUUAAAGAAUAAUUUUGAUAGUAUCGCUUCUUUUCCUAUUAGCGUUUUAACUGGAAGAACCUACAAUGGUCCGGCGCUAUUUGUUGGUGGCUCACGAUCAUCCUUUAUUCCCGUUGACGAUUUGACGGGGAUCCACAGGUUCUUUCCUAAAGCUGUUCUGCACUACAUCGAAGGUGCUGGACACAACGUACACGCUGAAGAUCCAAGUGCCUUUGCUAAAGCAGUAAAGGAAUUUUUAACGUUCACCGAAAAGAAGAAAGUUAAAGCUUCUUCAAAAUUAUUAUAUAUAACUUUUAACAAAUACAAUAAAUUAAAAAUGUUACUUAGCAUAGUAACACCCAAAAAUGUUUUCAAUACUAUUAGCGUGUGCCCUAAAUUGGUCCCCGGUGUUGUGCACUGUUCCCACAGGCUGAUUGCAUCGACAUCAGAAAAGGCAGAAGCUGUAGACUUGGCUUACGCUUCAUACGAAAGUACAGGCAGUACAAAAACGGGAGCAAGACCACCUCUAGUCAUAUUGCACGGACUUUUAGGGUCGAAAAAUAACUGGAAUAGUAUGAGCAAAGCUAUCCACAGGACAACUGGUAGGAAGGUUAUCAGUGUUGACGCUCGGAACCAUGGAGACAGCAGACAUGCCUCGCAACACACGUACAUACACAUGGCGCACGACGUGAUGAAGCUGCUGAAGAAGCUGGAGCUGUCGAAGGUGUCCAUCCUGGGGCACAGCAUGGGCGGACGCACAGCCAUGGUGCUGUCACUGCUCUGUUCUGACAUGGUUUCAAGCCUCAUCGUGGUUGACAUAUCUCCAGUGAAGACUAGUCCUCAAAUCUUCUCAAUGGCAAACUUAUUUGAUGCUAUGACUUCUGUCUCAAUCAGGCCUGGAAUUGCAAUGUCUAAAGCUCGGAAGUUGGCUGAUGAGCAACUAAAAGGAAUCACUCCUGAUGUUAACUUGAGGAACUUUCUGAUUACUAACUUAGUACAAACAAAUACAGGUUCAUACACUUGGAGAGUAAAUAUACCUGCUCUAAAAGACAACUUUCAGUCACAUAUAUCCAGUUUUCCCUCCAAUUUAAGAGGACUGCAAUACUGUGGACCUACGCUUUUUGUUGGAGGAUCUUUGUCAGAUUACAUAGGCAAAAAUGACCUGAAAGAAAUACAAGAGUACUUCCCACUAGCGGAACUGCAGUUCAUCGAUGGUGCAGGACACUGGGUACAUAGUCAGAAGCCAGAGAAAUUCCUAGAAACAGUAUGCAAAUUCUUACAAGAAAAGUGAAAAUAACCGUCUAGCAAAAUUAUUGUGAUUCUCAUUAUAAUAGCAUGCUCCAUUUUGAGUAGUUAAAUAAAUUGUUUUUAGAGUAUUUAUUGUUACAUCCAUAGUGGAUAAAUAAAAUGUGAUAUACCAUAAGCAA